GCACUUUGCGACUUAAAGCUACAGCUGCUUUGGGUUUCUAUCAUUUGCGGCUGUGGAGUGUUAACUCUGAGUCGUGGAAAUAGCAUUCCAAAUUAACCCUAAUUACAGCUUUGGCUUAGUAGAAGAAGAAAGGGCGGUGGUGGAGUUAAUUACAGAGUUGCAGUAGGUUUUUGAAUUUCACUCCAGGUAAAACCCUAAUUUUGGUUUUGUUCAAUCUAGGGUUUGUACUUUGUAUACAUGACCAAGCGUAAAGAUUCCAAUCCUUUAACAAGUCCUUUCAAUCUUCGUAAGCGAAUCGAAACACUAGAAAAAUCAUCGAAACAUAGUAAAUUAGGAGUAAAUGAAAUUGUUGAACAUCUUCUAACUGAUUUCCCCGAAUACACUAAUCAAGAAGAGGUUGGGGAAUUUACUGAACGUGUCCAACGAGUAAUGAAGUUGAAACAGAAAAGAAAUUCAGGUUCUAAAAGAGGUAAUGAUUUUGACGACAAUGAUAUUGCUGCCGCUUCUCCGAUUCCUGCUAAUAAAAAGGAUAAGAAGAAGAGGAGGAUGAAGGAAAAGCAUUGCCCGUCAGGGUCGGUAUCUUCUUCAGCAAAUGAUAAUGCUUCGGAAGUAGAAAAUCGAGGUGAUUCGACAUCUGACAGUGACGCAAUUUAUGAGCAAAAAGUAAGACCUGAAACCGAUUUGAUGAGAGAUAUGCUUAGGUUUAAUCAAGGGGGUGGUUACCGUCCCAGGGGUGAGAAUUCAGAAAAGAAGAAUUUGGAAAUCGAAGUUGAUACUGAAUCAAAGAAGAAGACACAAAUGAUGGGAGUGGGACCAAGUAAAGGUGAAACAACAACCGGGAAGGGUAAUUCGAGCAGGGGUUCAAAGGGUGUUGUUGGAGAUAUAGAGGCAAAGAAUGAUGACGAUAAGGUGGUGAAGGAUGGGCCAAUGUUUAAGGAUAUUGGAGGAAUUAAAGGGAUUCUGGAUGAGUUGAUCAAUGAGAUACUUGUUCCACUUUGCCAUCCAGAAUUGCCUCAGCGCUUGGGAGUUAAGCCUCUGUCUGGGAUUUUGUUACAUGGACCACCUGGAUGUGGCAAAACCAAGCUUGCUCAUGCUAUUGCGAAUGAAACUGGAAUUUCAUUUUACAAAAUAUCUGCUACUGAAGUGGUUUCUGGUGUCUCAGGUGCAUCUGAAGAGAACAUACGUGAUCUGUUCUCAAAAGCAUAUAGGACUGCUCCUUCUAUUGUAUUCAUUGAUGAGAUUGAUGCUAUUGCUUCUAAAAGGGAAAAUCUACAGAGGGAGAUGGAAAAACGAAUAGUGACACAGCUAUUGACUUGCAUGGAUGAAUCAUACGAAGUCCUAGGAAAAACUGAUGCAGAUUCUGGCUCAACAACUUCUGGAAAAAAACCUGGUUAUGUUCUUGUAAUUGGAGCCACAAAUAGACCUGAUGCUGUGGAUCCUGCUCUCAGGAGGCCUGGACGAUUUGAUCGAGAGUUUGCUUUGGGUGUUCCUGAUGAAAAAGCACGGGCUGAAAUCUUAUCCUUGCUGUCACGUAAUCUUAGACUUGAGAUGGGUUGUAAUUUUGAUCUUGCGAAAAUUGCUAGAGCUACACCGGGCUUUGUUGGAGCUGACUUGUCAGCAUUGGUUAACAAGGCUGGUAAUCUUGCGAUGAAAAGAAUAAUUGAUAGCAGGAAACCCAUUAAUGAAGAGACCAAUGUACAGUGGUGGAGGCAAUCGUGGGAAGCUGGGGAUAUGGAAGGGCUCAGCAUUAGCAUGGGUGAUUUUGAGGAUGCAGUAAAAAUGAUUCAACCAUCAUCAAGAAGAGAAGGAUUCUCAGCUAUUCCUAAUGUUAAGUGGGAGGAUGUUGGAGGGCUUGAUCUUCUGAGAAAGGAAUUUGACCGGUAUAUUGUUAGCCGUAUAAAACACCCCGAGGAAUUUGAGGAAUUUGGCGUAGAUUUGGAGCAAGGAUUUUUGCUUUAUGGACCUCCUGGUUGUGGUAAAACUCUAAUUGCCAAGGCCAUAGCAAAUGAGGCUGGAGCAAAUUUCAUACACAUUAAGGGACCUGAACUUCUGAACAAGUACGUGGGAGAGAGUGAGUUGGCAGUACGAACAAUAUUUAGUCGUGCUCGGACAUGUUCUCCAUGCAUUCUUUUCUUUGAUGAGGUGGAUGCUUUGACAACAAAGCGGGGAAAAGAUGGGGGAUGGGUUGUUGAGCGGCCAUUGACCCAGCUACUUAUAGAGCUAGAUGGGGCUGAUAAACGACGAGGUGUGUUUGUAAUUGGUGCAACAAACAGACCCGAGGUGAUGGACGAAGCUAUCAAGCGACCGGGUCGGCUGGGGAAACACAUGUAUGUCCCUCUUCCGGGUCCCAGAGAACGUGGGUUGAUUUUAAAAGCCAUUGCCAGGAAUAAACCCAUAUCUGAGGAUGUAGAUUUGGCUGCAAUUGGGCAAGAAGAAGCUUAUGAGAAUCUAAGUGGAGCUGAUCUUGCUGCAGUGAUUAAUGAAGCUGCCAUGAUUGCCCUAGAAGAGAAGCGAAUGUCAGGUGAGGGCAGUUUUGAAAUGAAGAAAUGGAUGAUCAACAAAACACACUUUGAUCGAGCAGUGGAGAAGAUUGCACCAUCUGUUUCAGACAAGCAAAGAAGAUACUAUGAGAAACUGUAAAGGCAUUCAGGCGUUGGUGAUUAGAACGAUAGCGUGCACAAAGAUCCAGAUUACACAUACAUUAAAGCAUAAUAUACCAUGUUGCCAGAUGAAUUAGCAAGAGCAAUCCUAAGAUGCUUUGACAAAAAUGAGGACCAUCAACUUUAGCUGGCUGCUAGAGCUUCUGAUCCAAUCACAGUCUCGCUGAGUGUUCAGCUCAUCAACCAUCAACAUUUGUAGCAGAAAGCGUGAUCACAUGAGUCUACAGUGAGCAUUAAGGUGGCAAAAAGAGACGACUGGAAAACAUGGAAGUUAAAAGAAAAUCAAGAAACUAAUUUAUUCUACAUAUAAUUUUUUUCCCUUCUUUGAAUACAUAAAAUAAAAAUCUGUAUACAUCAUCUUUUUCUUUGGCAUGGAGCAUUAAAGAUAAAUAGAGAAUUCACAGUUGAAUUGCAA